UUUUUUUUUUCCCCCUAAGGACCUAUGUGAGAAUGACCGUGUUCUUCUCUCUCUUAAACUUCUUAUCUGGAUCUCGAAGUAGCAGUAGUUUGGAGGAGACCAGUGAAUAACCUGCUCUGUUACGAGAAGCAUUCACCAACAUAAAACAGUCUGGAAGAAGAUUUCGUUAAGAAAAUCAAAGAGCAUAGAAUCCUUUAAUAAAACUGAAGACAUUUAGAAUUUCAUAACGUUUUUGGCUAUCUGGGUCUUAAAAAAAUGAACCGUUACACAAUUAUGAAACAACUAGGUGACGGCACCUAUGGCAGUGUGUUGAUGGGGAAGAGCAAUGAGUCAGGAGAACUUGUGGCUAUCAAAAGAAUGAAAAGAAAGUUCUAUUCAUGGGAUGAAUGUAUGAAUCUGAGAGAAGUCAAGUCUCUGAAGAAGCUAAACCAUGCCAAUGUAAUAAAAUUGAAAGAAGUCAUACGAGAAAAUGACCACCUUUACUUUGUGUUUGAAUACAUGAAAGAAAAUCUCUAUCAGUUAAUGAAGGAUAGAAACAAGUUGUUUCCUGAGUCAGUCAUCAGAAACAUGAUGUAUCAGAUAUUACAAGGGCUAGCUUUUAUUCACAAACACGGGUUUUUUCAUAGAGAUAUGAAGCCUGAAAACCUUCUCUGUAUUGGACCAGAACUUGUGAAAAUAGCAGAUUUUGGUUUGGCUAGAGAACUAAGAUCUCAGCCACCUUAUACAGAUUAUGUUUCUACCAGGUGGUACCGUGCUCCUGAAGUUUUGCUAAGAUCAUCUAUCUAUAGUUCACCUAUUGAUAUGUGGGCAGUUGGCAGCAUAAUGGCUGAACUAUACACACUAAGACCUCUUUUCCCAGGCACAAGUGAAGUAGAUGAAAUCUUCAAAAUUUGCCAAGUACUAGGGACUCCAAAGAAGAGUGACUGGCCAGAAGGAUACCACCUUGCUUCUGCCAUGAAUUUUCGUUUCCCACAAUGUGUCCCAAUAAGCCUAAAAGCUCUCAUCCCGAAUGCAAGCAAUGAAGCAAUACAGCUAAUGAGUGAUACGCUGAACUGGAAUCCAAAGAAGAGACCUACAGCAAGUCAGGCUUUGAAGUACCCUUACUUUCAAGUUGGCCAAAUUUUAGGACCUCCUCCUCAGUAUCUGGAGAAGCAGACUCCGACUAAACCAGUUCAGCCAACAGAGCCAAAACCAGCUUUACCAAAACUGGAAGCUACAUCCAAGCCAGAACCUCUGUCUUCACCUGAUUUACCCGGCAAAACAGAGCCACAGCCUUUGCCAAAGCUUAACCACCAGCCUCUCCAGCAAAUUCAGUUGCCUCAGAAUACAGCUAACUACCAAGUACCAAAACAGCAGCAGCCUCAGGCACAACCAUUUUUUCCACUUGUCAAUAAAAACUCAUCGCCAAACAGUGCACUGGGUCCUAAAAGCUGCAGAAGACGAUGGGGUCAGACUUUGGUAAAGGCUGUGGAUAGCUGGGAUGACAUGGAUGACCCAGAGUUUGGAAUAUCAUGUUCAAAGAAGCCUAGCAUUGCACUGCUAAAAGAAAGGAAAACCAAGGAGUUUCUUUUUAGUGUGCCAGAACCAAAAGCUUCAUGCUGUAUCCAGCCAGGAGGUGAAAAUAAGGUUUUGAUGAGAAAUGAUUCUGUAAGAUCAAAUACAUCAGCAAAACAGUACUAUCUAAGACAAUCAAGAUAUCUACCUGGUGUAAACCCAAAGAGUGUCUCUUUAGCAACAGUCAGUAAAGAAGGAUCACAAGGAACCUGGAACAACCAGUUGUUUACUAAACCGCUGGCACAUACUGGAGGAGGAUUGACUUUCAGCAGAAAUAUUACAGGAAAUUCUGGCUUUGUAAGCAGUGCUGCUUACAACCCAUCAGGAAUAUGUGCCCCUUCCUUCCAUAAAAAAGAAGUUGGAUCAGCUGGACAACGGAUACAGCUAGCACCUCUUGGUCCACCUGUAUCAGAUUAUUCCUGGAAAACCAAAGCUGCUCGUGUUGCAUUACCGGGUCCUGCUUUCAAUUCAGCACCAAAAAACAUGAGUAUCUUAAGUCGCUCACCAACAAUUCAGCCAGUACAUGGAAGAACAGACUGGGUGGCCAAGUAUGGUGGAAACAGAUAGAAAAUGCCAUCCUG